UAUAAGUCUGUAAUAGAUAGGAGGACACUAGGGGAGUAAUGAGUAGGUGACUGUCAGUUACAUCGGAGUUCCGUGUGAUCGACGAACGCUGCAACGUACAGUGAGUAUCCUCGGCGCGUUCUUCGCUCCGAACAGAUAACAAAGCACCCAGGUGCAAUUUCGGCAUUUCCAUAACGGUACCGCGACUCAAUUCGCGAUCGCGGGGGGCGAUUAAUCUCGAUCGGCCCGAUCCGCCGUCGUGUGGAGAACCGGCCGCAAGUGUUGAAAAUCGUGAGGACAUUUACGUGCUAACGAAUUCCACUCCAUUCCACUUUUAUCAGAUUAUCAUGUCACGCUCCAUGCUGUUGCUAAUCCUGCUGGGUGUAUUAUUGCUCAAUUGUCAAGAGACACUUGGCCGAAGAGGACGUGGAAGGAGCCGGAGCAAGUCCCGCGUGCAAAUUGGACUGCCCAUCACCGGGAAGUACCGCGACCCGGAGAGCGAUCAAUAUUACAACAAUAAUAACGGAGCGAAGAUACUGCUGGCGUCGCAUUUCGAUUUGGAAUACGUUCUGGGGCACAAGAUAGCUUUCCUCUGCGUCGCCCGCGGCAAUCCGCGCCCGCACGUUACGUGGUUCAAGGAUGGCGCCGAGAUUUACACGCAUCACUACCUGCAUAUACACGAGUGGCAAGUCGGCCCCGAUAAAGUGAAAUCGAAACUCGAGAUCGAUCCCGCUACGCAGAUGGACGCGGGAGUCUACGAGUGCACGGCGGACAAUAUGUACAGCAUCGAUCGAAGGUCUUUCAAGACUGACUUCUCCAUCGCUUUCGAUUAGCGCGAGCAUUCGACGGCAUUUCAAAACGAAAUACGUACAGUUAGAUAGGAAAACAUAUAAAGGCCCAAGGUAAAACGUAAACUUUUUACGAUAGCCCCUAAGAAAACGGUAGACACUGAGAGAAAUUUAGGACGAUGUGCGCCGCCAUUGUUGCAGAGGAAAGUUAAAUUCGUCCGGAAUGUGAGAGAAAUUGUUCUCGGUCCUCGGUCGAAGCGCAGCUUCGGUAUCUAUUU